AUGGCAUCUGCUGAUCUGAGAGAGGAGCUAACCUGCCCCAUCUGCUUCAGUAUUUAUACAGAUCCUGUAACUCUCAGCUGUGGCCAUAACUUCUGUCUGGGCUGUAUUGAGAGUGUGCUGGGUACCCAGGAGGGGUCUGGGGUUUAUACCUGUCCUGAGUGCAGAAAGAGUUUCAGAUCUGAGUCUAAGGAACACAUCUUAACUGAACCCACCACUUCUUGGGGUAACAAAAAAUGCACCGAACACAAGAAGCUCCUGGAAUAUUACUGCACUGAGGAUGGUGCCUGUAUCUGUGUGUCCUGCUCCCUGGCCGGAGAGCACAGGGGACACCAGGUGGAGCUGCUGAAUGAGGCUUCUGAGAAGAAGAAAGAGAAACUGAGAGAUGUUCUGCAGAAACUGACCACAAAGAGAGAGAAGACUGAGAAAAGUCUGCAGGAGCACAGGAGAGGGGUGCAAGAGAAAGCAGCUGGUGUAACAGAACAACUCUUAAACCAGAUCCGGCAUCUGGAAAAAGAGAAGGACGAGCUGACCAGGAAGAUGAGUCACAUUGAGGAGCUGUGCAACAUGACUGACCCAUUAACUGUCCUACAAGAACAGGAAUCACACAGAGAUGACUUUUGUGGUGCUGAGAAGGGAGAUAAUGAGGUCACACAGAGAGAUAAACAGGUCCCUGCUGGGGGGGCUUUGGAUGAGGGUCUGAUCUCAGGGUCCUUAUACAGAAAUGUAGCUGAUAUUAUGCAUGAUGUAAAAAGAGAGCGCUAUAUGCAGGUGACAUCAGACAUAUUACUGGAUAUAGACACAGCUGGUAAUAGUGUUAUUGUAUCAGGUGACAUGAAGACUGCAUCCUGGUCACGUAUAGAUCAGCAGAGACCAGUAACACCAGAGAGAUUUACAUCAACUGUUCCUCAGGUAUUAAGCACCAAUAGCUUUUCUUCAGGGCAACAUUACUGGGAAGUGCAGAUCAGUAAAUCAGGAAUCUGGAGGGUCGGGGUUUGUUAUCCCAGUAUGGUAAGAGGAGAAAGUUGUGCUCUAAUGGGAAAUAAUAACAAGUCUUGGUGUUUGCGUUGUUGUUAUAAACAUCUUUCAGUUCUGCAUAACACAAGAGAUACAUUAUUGCCUUACCGUCUAUCAUGUGACACAGUAGGAAUACUGCUGGACUAUGAGGCUGGGCGUCUGACCUUUUGUGAGCUGUGUGACCCGAUCAGACACUUACACACCGUCACUGUCACCUUCACUGAGCCUCUGCAUGCUGCAUUCUCUGUAUGUGAUGCCUGGGUGAGAAUCCUGCGCUAGAUCAUCACUCAACACAGAGAACCCAGAGGAAUUAUACACUGUAUGUUCUGGGUAUAAUACACAGAUUUAUUACUAGUAAAAUCAGCCUUCUGCCGUGCACCCUAUUUACCUAAUAUGAAUGAUGAUUAGUGGGUACAAACAUUACACCUGAGGUGUGAUACCCCAGUAUAUAAUAUAGUCUAUAGAAAUACACACUUACAGGGGAUGUGAUUCAGGGCGUGAGAUAGAAAAUAGUGAAAUAACCUAUGAUGUCAUAUACUGUUACAUAUUAAUUAGUUAACCCCUUGUGCUCACAAGGAACCCUUCAGAACAAUACAAUAUAUACACACCUAUC